AGAGAAGAAUUGACAGGUUUUAAUUAGGGUUUUAGGAGCUCCCAAAACCCUUGUGCUACAAGGAAGCCGACUUCAAUGGCGCCUGCUACUUAUCUUCCAUCCCACAAAUGAUCGCCAUUCUCCAUUCCAUCUUUCACCGAAUUCUUUUCCUAAUCCCCAAAAAUGAAGCCCAUUCCUCCGAGGCCAAUUCUCACCCUCUCCAUUCUCACCGCCGCGAACCAUAAAGCGACUAAAAUCCCCCAUGUUGUGGCGUUCUCCACGCUGCAGAGCCACCACCACCUGCGGCGGCAGGAGGAGGAGAGCCGCGCUGUGCGGGUGUCGGUCUGGUGGGACUUCGAGAACUGCCAUGUUCCGGUGAACGGCAACGCUUUCAGGGUGGCGCAGAGCAUCACUAAUGCGAUUAGGGCUAAUGGGAUUAAGGGCCCCAUUGAGAUCACGGCUUUCGGAGACGUAAUGCAGAUUUCGAGGACCAAUCAGGAAGCUCUUUCAGCUACUGGGAUCAAUCUCACCCACGUUCCUUCCGGUGGCAAGAACAGUGCCGAUAGAUCUCUUCUUGUGGAUCUUAUGUACUGGGUUUCCAAGAAUCCUCCACCGGCGCACCUUCUAUUAAUUUCUGGGGACAGAGAUUUUGCGGGCAUUUUACACCGGCUUAGGAUGAGCAAUUACAAUAUUUUACUAGCUAGUCCUGAUAGCGCCCCCAAUGUGUUAUGCAGUGCUGCAACUAUUAUGUGGCAUUGGAGUUCUUUGCUCAAGGGAGAGAACCUAUCAGGAAAGCUCUUCAACCAGCCUCCGGAUGGCCCGUAUAAUUCUUGGUAUGGGCAUUACAAGGCUCCUCUUGUGGAUCCGUUUGCAGUUACGGUACAGUCUACAUGCUCGAGUGCUGAUCAAUCAUCUCUAUUGGCUUCAGAGCCCAAGCUUCUGGCAGCUUCAGAGCCCAAGAUUCGACCAAUUCCAAAAGCAGUGAUGAAGCAUAUCUCUCAGAUUCUUAGAUCAAAUCCAGAAGGAGUCAGUAUAAUAGAUCUUCGUGCUGAAUUAGCUAAGAGUAAUGUGGACAAAGACCUUUAUGGAUAUAGAAAGUUCUCUCGUUUUCUUUUGGCAAUGCCUCAUAUUUUAGAGCUUCAUAGAGAUGAUGGGAGCAUUGUGGUGCGACAUGUCAACACCAAAUUCUCUAAUGAGCUGUCUGCAUCUGAGGAACCAGGGACGGCCAAUGGAGAGUCUGAAGUUUGUGGUGAUACUAAAACUAAUAGCCAGAAAAGCUCUUGUGAAAACGUAGCAGAUAAGUCAACGGUCGGUCAAGUUUCAGGUCCUAAAGUGAAAGCAGAGUUAACGAAGUUGCAAGAAGCCCCGAAGGUAGAAAAGAAAAAUGAGUCUUCUGUAGCAACGAAGAUGCAUGAUGUUAAAAUGGAAGCUCGUGCAGCAAAUUUGAAAGAAGCCCCAAAUGUAGAAAAGCAAAAUGAUUAUUCUGUAUCAAUGAAGAUGCACGAUGUAAAACUUGAAACCCAUGCAGCAAAUUUGCAAGAUGUGAAUAAUGAAAAAAAUCAAAAAGCAUCCCUUCCGAAGAAAAAUAUUCAAGAGGAUAGGACGGUAAAACCGAAGACCCAACCACAUAAAGAUGAGGUGACUCCAGCUACCCCAGUUGUUGAAGUCAAGGAUUUGUCUGAAAACAAUGAGAACAACAUGCUUGUUCCUGAUGAUCGCAGUUCUGCUGCUGGAUUUGGUAUCUUCAGAAGGAUAUGGAUGAAGUUGUUCGGGAGUACAGAUGCGAAACACAAUGACGCGCUGAGUGGGAAGGAAAUUGAUACACAGGAAACCUUUACAACAUGCCAAUCUUCAGAAACUGUAGGUCCAGCCUUGUUUUCUCCUUCGAGCCAUGAAGCUCUGCUUAAUGGAAAAGUUGCUCAGAAUGGAGAGGUAGCAGAUCAUCUUCAGGUCAGUAUUAAACAGCUCGAUGAAAGUAGAGAAGAAAAAAAUGGUGAAGCAGUUCAUGUUGAUGCGGAGUCCAAGCAGCUUGAAAUUUUCGCAGAAGAGUCAAUUUGGAAGGAAAUUGAGUCAUUCAUUAGUUCAUCCCAAGGUUCAGCUGUAUUUUCCAAGUCCCAAUGGACCAGGAAGCAUUUGGCACAGAAUUUACAAAACCAGGGACCUAUGGUUCUGCGGUUACUUUCCAUAAGUGAUCUUCUGCACAUAAUUGACUUGUUAAUCUCUGAUAAGAAGUGGUUGGAGGAGCGUGGCACCGGGAGAUAUCCUUUCAGAGUUGCUUAUCCAGCACGAAAACCUCUACAAAACAACCGUCCUUUAAGUUCGAGUGGGUUGAGUCAUAUCUUCUCGGACAGACAGCCAAGUUCACAGGAAUCCAAGGAGAGGAAGCACCAAAAUCAUCCUCAUACUGGAGUUCCACAACCUAUAGUUCACAGAGGCUCUUCAAGCAAGUCCAAGACUGAGGUAUUGGCCGACUGCAAGAAGCUUGUCGAUGAAAUAGUAAAGGAAUAUCCUGAAGGGUUCAACGUUGGAGGCUUUAGCAAACUAUUCCUCGAGAAAUAUGGUUAUGCUCCUGACCUCCAGAUGCUUGGCCUCGAAAAGUUCACGACUCUUUUGAAGAUCAUGCCUGGGGCGGUGGUGGCGUCCAAUUUGAUUUUACCACGUGGUGCUUCCAAGAAUCUUAACCUACAAAAUACUGGUCUUCCUAUUCAAGAAACGAAGACCGGCCCUGUGGUUGAUUCACAUGGAGAUUCCUCGAUUAUAUCAAAACAAGAUGACGAAAGUGACUCUUGGGACGAACUGGGCCCUCUUGAUACUUCAGGCUCCGAAAAGGAUGAAAUGGAAGCACAAGUAACUGGGAAAAGUCGAAAGGGAACGGAUAUGGGGCUUCCAUUCUAUGAACCUUUAAGAGAGGACGACUUCUCUGAUUCAGAAGAUGAGAUGUCGUCUGAUGCUAGGUCAGAAGACGAAAGCAAGUCUAACCCUUCAUCAGAAAGCGCUCUGCUCGACAUUCUUGAUUCGUGGCACAGUCAGAAGGAAGGCAAAAGCAAGAGGGAUGAAUCAACGAGCAAGAAUGGUUUGGAUCUUUCAGCAACUUGUAGCUCCAAGAAAGGAUCCGAGGUUGGUAAACCCACUCGUAAGUCCAAACUUCAAAAGAACUACACAUUCGUUAAAGAGGUUGAUAGCAAAGACAGGCUGAUUAAUGGUAUAUUAGGUAGCAUGAACAAAUGUGGUGACAAGUCAGGUGAUUCCAAGGUCUUGAGCUGAACCAGUGCGCCACAAGGGGUGCAUUUCUGCAUGGGUAGUCGGGAUGAUGGUAAGGUGUCUGGUGAACGGUUGCCAUACAAGUUAGAGAGAUGGUAGCCUAGAAUAAGCAGGUCUGGGGAGACAUUUUUUCACAGCCAUUUUACCAGUAUUCCAACAGGUAGCAUUCUCCUGCAAUGUUUUCUGUUGCAAUUUCAAAAAAGUCAAUUUAUUAGGGUAUGUUUAUGUGUUUGGACAUUUUGACUGCUUAAAUUUAGAAUUUUCAUCCCACCUUGAUUUAGGUCGCCACGCAUGAAACUUUGGAGCGGCGCUAGUAAGAUUCAGUCUCUUCUGAAAAUGGAAACUGUAUUUCAAUAUUUAGCUAUUAAUGAUUGUGAUUAAUUAGCUAUAACUAGAUGGAAUUCACAGC